AUGAAAUUACCUAUUUAAUGGAAUUACAUGGCAUUCAUAGUGUUUUCACUAAUAAUUCUAAUAAUGACUAUUAUUCUUACAGUGAAUGAAACUUUAGUACCUGUGUGUGGAUCAUUAAUCAUGAUUCUAGCAAUUGGAAUAAUACUUUAUUUGCUUUAUUUAGGUUAUAAAAACUACCGUAUCGAUUCAAUAAAAAAGUUAGUGUUAAUAGGACAGGCUGGAGUUGGUAAGACCCAGACAUAUAAUUAUUUAUAAUGCAAAAAUGUUUCUUCAUAUGAAGGGUUUACAAUAGGAACCUCUGAAGAACUUUGUCUUGUUGACACUCCUGACUUUGAUCUAGAAUCCGAUAUAGAAACCAGAGAGAAAAGAAUCAAAUAAUUUUAAGAGUUCUUUACAAAAAACCAAAAUUCUAUUAGUGCAUUUUUAAUAUUGGUUAAUUUUGAAAGGACAGAUUUAAUGAAAUAAAAGAUCUUAAAAACUAUCAAAUAUUUGAAAAAGCUUAAUUCUACCCUUUUUUUAUUGGUUACAAACUUUGAACUGAGUGAAAACCAAACUGAAGAUGAAGAGAGUCUAAAAAAGGCAUUUAGUUUCUUUCAUUUUGAAACAAUUUUAUUUGUUGAUAAAGAGAGAAAUAAUUCAGUGUUGAAACAAAAAUUAGUGUAAAUAGUGAACACAGCCCCUUAAAAAGAAUUAAAUUUGAAUGAAACAAUGUUUGAAAAAUAUGGGAAAAAAUAAUAAUAGUUAAUUGUGCAAUAAAUUACGAAUUAAAUGAAUUAACAACAGUAAUAAAUUUGAUUUAUUUUAGAAAUCUUUAAGAUAAAUUAUUGAAUGCUUGA